AUGUGUACCAAGACAGUGCGGCUAUGGACCCGUGCGGUCUGGCUGGAGAAAAAAAUGGAGCAAGAAAGUGUCAUCCCCAACUGCUGGAUAAAGGGCAACAAUGUGCUCUGGCCCAAUAUGGUGAACGCCACCAAGGCCCUCAAUGAUAUGAGGGAGCCUACAGUAACAUGGAGGAAAUUUCCUCUCGUCAAAGUUAAAAUCAGCUCGACGAACAGGGAAGAGUGUGAGCAAUAUGACAUCACAACAACAGCAGAGCUCUCUGAAUUUGAGGAUGGGCCUGAGGAAAAGAGGAAGUCGAAAAAGAAGACAUACCCAGAUUUUAUCACAAAUGACCAAUGUGAUGAAGGUGAUGAUUCUGCAGGACCAGGACUCACAGCGUUGGUUUCCGACCACUGUAGCCGCAGCCGCAGUAAAUAAUAUUGUUAUGUUUAAUAUUCAUCAUUAUUAUCCAAAAUUGUAUGACAUUGACAAGAUGUUCAUUUUUACAACUAAAUUGACAGUAUAUUUCUAUCAUUUCUCUUUUAGGUGCUUCGCUACCACUGGAACCAGUGUUUGAGACCAGCUCCUACAGAAGGGGGUCCUCUUCCAGGCACAGGUCAAAGUCAAGGUCCUUGUCAAUGUCUACAUCAGUGUCCACAUCCAGGUCCUUGUCAUUGUCCACGUCAAGGUCCAGAUCCAGGUCAAUAUCAAGGCCAGUCUUCACAUCCACGCCUAAGCGAGGGCCCAAGCACCGAUCAAGGUCUAUAUGUACAGAUCCGGUUCGAAGGACCGAUCGAGGAGCAAGCACAAGAGGGCAGGAUCAACAUCCAGAGAUAGAUCGAGGAGCAAGCACAAGAGGGCAAGAUCAACAUCCAGAGAUAAAUCCAGAGAUAGAUCAACAUCCAGAGAUAGAUUGAGGAGCAAGCACAAGAGGGCAAGAUCAACAUCCAGAGAUAAAUCCAGAGAUAGAUCAACAUCCAGAGAUAGAUCGAGGAGCAAGUACAAGAGGGCAAGAUCAACAUCCAGAGAUACAUCGAGGAAAAAGCACCAGUACACCAUAUCAACCAAAGAUGAUGAUCAAAAAUUCCCUAUGGACGAAGGAAAGUUCCAGAAGCGUGUUUUCUUCCUCCUCAUGGACAUGCGAGCAACAAUAUCGGACCUUGGGAAAAAGUAUGAACCAGUCGACUCCCAGUUCCAUGUUGAAAUGAUCAACAGGAGGAAGGGACUCGCACAGCUGGAACGAAAGCUUGCAGAUGGUGACUAUCGGAAACUACUGACGUCUCGUUUGCGCAAGAUUGGGGGCUCCAGCCUGGAGGACAAUGUAAAGAAUGUGAUGAAAAGAGUCCUCACCAACUGGCUCAUGGCUCAACUGAACGUGGACGGGGCACCACCGAAAAAGAAGUUCAAAGUCACACGCCUUUGUAAAGUUAUGAUAGGUGCUAUUCAACAAGCCAACCAGUCAGCCACUGAGAAGGACAUCACUAAAUUUAUGGGGAACUUCUUGCGAUCUGCUCCCGACAGAAAUGGCGGUGGAGGGAGGAAGAAGGGUCAGAUUGCAAUAGAACUGGCGUCUGAUUCCGAGGCAGAAUAAGAAUUAUGAUUUCAUCAGUCCUGCAUGACGAAGCGCCGAAGGAAGGAAAGAAGACCAAAAACCAGUGGACGGCCAACAAUCCAUCACUUUUCUGCCAAUUUUGGCUGUAUUUUAUAAAAUAAAAUCUUGUCUUGUGCCAUGCAUACCUGUUUUUGGUGGGUUUAUGUAAUAACUGAAAGGUCAGAAUAGGGU